AUGGCCAAUAGUCGACCUGUAUCAAUGAUAAUUUCAUCGAAUAGUAUAUCUGAUGAAACCCUUAUAAAUGGAUCUAAAAAUAUUAUGUCAAAAAAAGAAUCACUUUCAAUGCGUUCAUCGAAUCAACAAAAAAUUCCAAUAAAUAAUAUCAUUAAUGCAAACUCAUCUUCGUCAUCAAUUGAUAGUGCUGGUGCUAAAAAUGCAAUAUUUACUGAAAAACAAAUUGCAUCACAAGUAAAUUCAAAUACAACAGUAUCAUCGACAACAACUGAUAGUGACUUAGAAAGUGAACAAGAAGAACGAUAUAUUGAUAAUAAUAAUUCAUUAGAUUUAAAUAAUGUUCCAAUCCAAAUUCAGCAUCAACAACAAUCAUUAUCAAGACGUGAUAGUGGACAACAAAAAAAUGAGAUUAAUUCACAAGAACAAUUAUCACGACGUGUAAAACAUUUUCAAAAAUUAUUUAAAUCUGAAAUACCUGAUGAUAUGCCGGAAUUGAUUGAUUCUUAUGUAUGUGCAUAUCAAGGUGAUAUAUUAUUACAAGGUAAAAUGUAUAUAACUGAUCGUUAUCUUUGUUUUCAUUCACGUAUUAUAUCUUACGUAACAAAACAUGUUUAUCGUUGGGAACAAAUUGAAAAUGUUACAAAAGAACGUGUUGCAUUCAUAUUUCCAACAGCUAUUGGUAUACAAUUAAAACAUUCAGGAAAAAAGGUUAUUUAUGCAUCCUUUCUUCAACGUGAUCAAGCAUAUGAUAAAAUUAUUUCCAUGUGUUCACGUUUUAAUAAUGAUACAAAUUCAUUAGAAGAUGAUGAUGACAAUCAUUCAACACAAGGUGGUACAUUAAAAGCUGUAAAUAGUAAUCGUAAUUAUAAUGAAAAAAUCAAAAAACUAAAACGUAAUAUGGCUUAUAAUAUGGUCGAUGAACCCGAACCAGAUGACGUUUUACAGAUGUGUUUAACAACAAAUACACCAACAAUACCAAAUAAUCAUAAUAAUAAACGACGACAACCAUCUACUUCAUCGAAAAAUUCUGAUACUAAACAACAAUUAAAACAAUCAAAAAAAUUAUUUAAUUCUGAUAAAAAUAAAUCAUGUAAACAUUCAAUUACAAAUCAGACUUUAACAAAAACUUUAAGUGAAAAUAAUUCUGAUAAAAAUGAAUUCAAUAGAAAUUCACGAAGCAUUAAUAAUAAUCAAGAAAAUGAAACUGAUACAACAUUAAGUAAUGGGCCUGUAAUAUUUCGUCAAUCACAUAAUAUUCCAUUACGAACUAGUCGAAGCCGUAGUCGUGAUCGAACAUCAUCACCAUCAAAUCGUACAUCAUCAAAUAUUCUAACUUCAAAUUCUUCAACAAGUUCAAUGACGAAUACUGAUUCUUUGAUAAUAAGUUCAAAUAAUGAUGGAUUAGCAGGAAAAUAUAGUCGAAUAAUUAUUUUAUCUGUUAUAUCUAUUAUAAAACUUAUUAUUGAAUAUUUGUUGUUAUUAUUUAAUCGAUUGAAAACUUACCCAAUUAAAACAUCAUUGAUACUUUUAAUAUUUAUUAUAAUUUUAGUAGUGCAUUCAUUUUAUUUAAUUAAUUUAGCAUAUCGCAUAGAAAAUCGUUUACAAUCAUUACAUCAUUUAUGGCCAUCAUCAUCAAUGAAAAAUUCCCGACGGUUACAAAACGAAUUAUAA